AUGUCGGCGCCUGUUGAAGAGGUUCAAUUUAAUCUGGACGGUAUCCUAAGUGAGUUGGGAAGUUUUGGCAAGUACCAGCUGUUUCUGUUGGUGUUACUGGCUUUCAGAGACUCGUUUCUUCAUAUGUGCAACUUCAAUUACGUCUUCACUGCCGCGGAUGUACCUUUCAGAUGUCAAGUGCCUGAGUGUGAGUUGUCACCACCAAUUUUCAAUACCUCAUGGAGCGACUACGCCACUCAUAAGUCCGUAUGCCUCCGCUCAGUAACUGAGCAUACGAAUAUAACUGAGUGUACGCCGGAUAUGUUCAUGGAGAACAAAACUAUACAUUGCGAUGACGUUAUAUAUGAGAAUUACAAUAGUAUUGUUGCGGAGUUCAACUUGGGAUGUCAGCCUUGGAAAAGGACUUUAAUUGGAACUGUACAUAAUCUUGGACUUGUAUUUUCUUAUAUUAUUUCGGGGAUAAUAUCAGACAGGUAUGGUCGUAAGGUGAUAAUAGUUGGUACUCCAUUGAUGGUGGGAAUCGCUGGUCUACUGAAAUCAUUCACUUUCGACUACUGGUCGCUACUUGUUUUGGAAUUUCUGGAAACUGCGCUGGGAUAUGGAAACGCUUCUAUGGUUUUAUCCCUGGAAACAGUGAGUCAGAAAAGUCGCGUAGCAUUCUCAUGCAUUUCCGACAUUCUAUCAAGUCUUGGUGCAGCACUUUUUGGUCUUAUAGCUUGGAAAAUACCCUAUUGGAGAUAUAUGAUGCGAGCUAUUUAUGCUCCAUUACUGAUUGUGGUAUUUUAUAUUUUCCUUGUCGAUGAAGGAGUGCGAUGGCUCUUAGCUCAUAACAGGAAAGAAGAGGCCGUCCGAGUUUUAAACAAAGUUGCUAAAAUAAAUAAUAUAACGCUUUCAAACAAAGCUAAAGAAAUGCUAUCUACUAUAUCUAACGAGCAAAACAGGAUGGUUGAGUUGAACCAGCAGUCUAAACAUGAACCGGUUGAAAUCCUCUCAGUUCUCCGAUCAAAGACAAUUCUUGUCCGUCUAUCUGUGAUAGCCGCUUGCUUUAUAUGCAGUAUGUUCGUGUUCAGCGGUGCCAUUAUAUAUUCAACUAAUAUAUCUGGAAAUAAAUAUAUGAACUAUUCAAUGAUGAUACUCUUAGGAGUUCCAACCAGGAUUAUCACAGCUUUUACGUUGACUAGAUUCGGAAGGAAGGCUCCUAUAUGCAUUGCUUACUGUCUUUGCUCGUGUUUCUUCAUGGCCUCCGCUUUCGUGCCCAAAUCAAUAGCCUGGGCUUCUACUAUUCUGUACAUGAUCGGUAAAAUGUGCAGUAGUUACGGCAUCUUCUCAGUGUAUGUAGUCGGUAUGGAGAUAUUCCCGACUACCUCCAGAAACUCUCUCGCCAAUAUUGCGAAUACAGUCGGCAGGAUUGGUUCUGUUAUCGCUCCACAGACGCCCUUAUUGGAGAAGUACAUGCCCGGCCUGCCAAUGGUAGUAUUUUCAUUGGCCGCGUUAGGCCCGGCGUUACUUGCGCUCCUACUACCCGACACAAGCGCCGCUCUACCCGAUCGAUUGAAGGACAUACAGGUACAGGAGAAAACGGGAGCAGUUACUAGCGAGAGUGCUUAG